UUUUCAGAGAAUGGAUUGCCGCGACGAUUGCGCACGGCUUACACGAACACACAGCUACUGGAGUUGGAGAAAGAGUUCCACUUCAACAAGUACCUGUGCCGACCCAGAAGAAUUGAGAUCGCAGCCUCAUUAGACCUUACUGAGAGACAGGUGAAGGUCUGGUUUCAAAACAGGCGUAUGAAGCACAAGAGACAGACGCUCAGCAAGACCGAAGAUGGCGACGAUAAGGAUUCCACUACUUCAGAAGGUGGAAAGAGCUCUAAGACAGGGCUCGACAAAUUUUUAGACGAUGACGGACCGCUCUCUGGCAAGAAAAGUUGCCAGGGUUGCGAGUUACCACCCGGCGCUCUCUGUUCUCCAGCUGAGGAUCUGCCAGAGUUAGCGUCGCGCACACGGAAUAACAACACUCCAAGCGCUACCAACAACAACAGCUUUGCAAGUGACGGCGCCUCUAGCGUGGCCUCGUCCUCUUCUCUCGACAAACUUGCAGAAGACGACUCGCGAGACGGACAUCCUCCUAUCACAGUAAUGACAACAGCUCCAAGGAACUUAACCAAGAGGAUCAAACAAGAAUCGAGGAAGCGAUCACCGUCACUGGAUGCCACGUGUAAGGUGUCGCCAUCGUCUUCUAAAGAUGGUCUUGGCCCAGUAGUUGGACUUGCAGAUAGCGGAAAAUUCUCAUCAGUAAAUCUGACACCGUCGUCAACGCCAGGUACUCCAUCGAGCAUGCACCCGAGUCCACUGGGCCACUAUCCCAGACCAUCGCCUCCGAAUGCCCCGCCAGGCCCACCGCACCCUCAAGCUGUGCCCAAUGCGAUGCCACCUUAUGUCAUCAGAGGUAACGCGCCACCCGGACAGUUCGUUCCGCACCCUGACUUCCGCAUGGACUCCAAACAAUUCAUUGGCAAACUAGCACAAUACCCGCAGGGUAACAGAGGCUACGAAGCUUACGGGACUUCAAUUCAGACUGCUGAACAACACGGAUAUGUGCGCAACCAGCAGCAUUCACGGCAAGAUGGAUCUCCUUCUACGAGAACAACUAACGGUGUAGGAUCCCGGCAAACAUACCCGCAUGAGAUGUAUCAAAACUAUGGAUAUCCAGCAUACGGAAAAGAUCAAGUAGCAUACGGUCAUCCUGGAUAUGACCAGUCGCAGGGUUACACCGGAGAACACAUGGGUUAUGCAAAUAGUCACUACGGCUACCACUACCACGAAGGUGCGCAGCAUGACCAUGGGCAUAACUACUAUGCUUCAGAGGGCCAGAAGGCCGCGCAUGGAGCUGACUACUCAAAGAACUACUAUGAUGGGAACGCUUACGCGCAGCAAGCAGCAGCCGGGUACGCAGCGGGGAGCGCGCAGGCCGGCGCGGCGGGCGCGGCGAGCGAGGCCUACAACGGCACCGAGUGCGCCGAGGGCUACGGCUCCUUCCAGCAGUUCUACGAGGCCACGCACGCCGCGCCUGCCGGAGACAACUCCAACUCCUCCUCGGACUUUCACUUCCUCAGCAAUCUCGCUAACGAUUUCGCACCUGAAUAUUACACCAUUUGAGAUAAGGACUUCGCCGAGCAGGCGAGUGAUCUGUUCGUGUAAGAUAAUUUAUAUGAUACUGUGUACGGGACGUUUAAAUAUAAGGGUUACGGUGUUGACACUCCAGUGUUCGCCCAAGGCGAUGAAGUAUAAGAUUGCUAUUCACGGCUAAUCCUAAUCCAAUUUAAGUUUGUUUUGUUAUAAUAGUUGCUAUGAUAAAUGAUAAUGUAAUAAAUUGUAAAUAAAUACUUAUCUCUUAAUAUUAUUGUAAUAGAUAAUUUAAAAUAAAUUUUUACUCUGAUGCGUACUACAGAAUAAAAAUAGAUAAUGAUGAAUUUGAUUAAAAAUAAAUAAAUGCCCAGUUGCGAAAAUACUUAUUCAUGAUCGGAGAUAUAUUUAAGAAAAGAAAAUUAACAGUUUAUCCAAUCUAAGAG